AUGUCUCAUUAUCCACCAGCCCCUCCCUGGGCAACUCUCGGUGUUAUUAACCGUGAGCCCGAGUCGGGAAUCCCCCAUGAAGAUGAACGCGAGCAAUCGCUUCGACAGCAUCCACAUGUUGCUCCUCACACUGGGGAGGGUAUUGACAAAAAGAGCCCACGUCCCUUCGCAAACCGAGGCCCCGGCAUGGCUGAGAACCUUCGUAGUAUUGCAGAGCGAGGUGCAGCCCGUCGCAAUGGAACUGCUGUGAACAAGAAUGAUGUGUUUACCAAGCCGUUGCCACCAAUUCCACGGAAAGCUCCUCAGCCUGCCACAUCAGUUGGCCAGGAAGGUGUUUUCCAAGGUUCUGGGAGCGAUAUCAACAAUACGAGUAUUCACUAUGUCUUGAACAGAUCGGACAUGCAAGAUAACCAGCCUGGAACUUCAUUUUCUCGACAAGAACAUUCUCAGCGUGCUGUCAAAGCUGGCCAGAAGGCAGAUUUUGAUGGCCCUGUGCACUCGACUGAAAAGAUGAAACCAAACUUGCUUCUCAAGGAAUGUAAGCUGCAGGGCUACAGUGAUGAGACUCCAUCUAUUCAACUCAGAGGAUCUGAACCGGCCCUGCCAUCCAUUGUACCCUCUUCGGAUGAGCACUACAAUGCGCAGACUCAUCACAUGAAUCACUCGUCUGUUGACCGUCGCUUGGCUCUUGCUGCUCUAUGCUAUGCUCCUCGGCCUGAGACCCCUCAUGCUCAGUCAAAUGCCAGUCCCCAUCGCCAUGAUCAUGGUCCAACCUCGUGGUACGAAGCUUCGCCCACUGGUCACGAAUUUAUUCCCGAAGAUCAAGCUGCAGUAGCUCCCAGAGCUACUCCAGAGCGUGAAGCCAAUCAAGAAAAUGAAGCCACCGAAGUGCACCGCCCAACCAUCGAGAAACUGCUUGCCUUGAUCCAUCGGGAAAAGGAAAAUCGCCGCCUUGCAAAUGGAAAUAACAAUCCAACAAGUCCCACUUCAGCUUUUCGUCUCGCUUGUUCCAAUUCGGCAUCUACGGAUAUCUUCCAUGCGGGUCAAAACUUUGGCGUGGAUUACCAGUCCCCUCAAUUUGUCAGGCCUGGUGCUGACAGUCCUCCAUUUGCGAGCCCCGGUGCCGUUCGGGAAUUGACACCUACAACGCCUGUGUGGUCCCCAUCCCCAUCUCCUUGCCCCAAAAGAUAUUGCUAUUGGUCUGAGGGUGGAUCUGACAACGAAAGUGUCGCGUCCCCUGAGCUUCAAUUUGACCGGGAAUGGUCUAAUUCUCAUGUGCCUCCGCAAGAGUCACCAGUCUUACCUUCGUCUUCUCCUCUUUUCCCUCCUCUGGAAGAAUGUUAUGUCCAAGUUUCGGACAGCUCCAGUGAGCUUCACGGGUUUGACACUGGAAUCACUGUACCCCUCGGACAUCAGUUCGAUCGGAAACAUUCUGCUUCUGCCGGGCCUCUGCAAGAGUCAUAUGUGUUUUCCUCACGUCCUGCUCAUGUUUCCUAUGCUUCUACUCCCCAAGGAUCUUGGGACUCGGUCAAUCCCCAUGAGGAUGAUACUGGCAUCACUGGAGCCCUUGGACAUCAGUUUGAAUGGGACAAUACUAGUCCUGAUUUGCCUCUCAUGGACUUGCCUCGAUCUCCUCUUCAAGUUCAUCCAUCCCCUGAGCAUCAUCUCAGUGACCUUCGUGAAUAUUCCUAUGCCGAUGUGUCUCAGGUUGGUAGUUCUCCACCUCACAAUGUCCCCCACGGUUCCCGUCUUACGAAGCCUACUCUGAGUUCGGACUACAAUCCAUCUCCAUCCAGCUACCCAAAAGGGUUGAGAUCAGCCAACAUGAACAGUGUCGACCAGUAUCUUGUCCCACAGCGUUUGAACGUGGUAAAGAGGAACCCUACCUUCACCAUGAAUUUUCCCAUCCGCGACGUUUCCCAGCAUCAGACUGCUGUUCACGUCUCUGAGUCUGCCAAAGAUAGACAUAGCCGCGCAGCCUCCCUCGUCAGCAAUGAUUCCAACGCUAACAGCUCCCCAAACAAUUCACCUCCAAGUCGUAUCAGCCGAAGCCCCGAUGUCUCCAGUUCUGAGGGCUCUGAAGGCUCUCGUGGAACCAAACGCAAGCGGUUUACCAAGAACCUCUUUGGUAAGAAGGGAUACCUUGAAGACAACGAGGAGCGACCCGAAAGAAGAUUCAAGUUUAUCAGGGGGCCAUUGAAAAGGGACAUUCAACCAUCGGCAAUUUGGGACGAGAAUCGAGCUUUGAUCAGCUCAUCCAAGCCCAGCAUCGUCACCGACAAUACCGCCCGUAUCACCCUGAACACCGACGUGCAGUCGAUUUUGUUCGCCGAGAUUGAGAACAUGAUCACUCAUGCAGCCAAUGAAUUCCUGCUGAAGGAGUAUUACGACGGCCACCUUUCUAUCAAUUCUCUCAACAAAGUGAAAAGAAAAUGGGAGCGGAAGAACAUGCCCGGUGUUCCUGAGUUCCACUUCGACCAGGCUACCCAGUACAAGAUUAUCAGCGCAAACCGGGAUCAUCUCAACUUCGGCAAAACGAGCAACGGCAUUCCUACAUUUGCUGUUCUGCGCAACUGGAAACGAAUCUCCAAGAGUAUGAGCAUCCGUACCUUUGUGGCCCCCGAUUCGGUCAUCAAGAAACAUAUCCACGAUAUCCUGGGGCUCCUGGAGAUUUUGAACGCCAAUGAAUGCCAUAUUGAGCUGAUCAUGGCCCUCAAUGCGCACGUUCGUGGGGAACUGAAGAAGUACGAGGUGAUGCAACACUACCGAGAUACUCAGAACUCUGCAAACUCUCGCUCUUAA